CGUAAACUUAUCAGCAAAUUUUAAAACAUGUGGUGGGGAUACAGUCAACCACUAGAUUUACAAGCUGAAGCUACAAGGAGAGAAGAUCAUAUUUUAAGCAAUCUCGAAGUAUUGAUUGUAGGUUCUGGUGAUGCACGGCAUAUCGUGAAGACAUUAGCUUCAUCUUACACACAUCCUGAUCGAACUAUCACAUAUCACGUUAUUGAAUCAAAUUUGGAGCAAGUUGCUAGAUCGAUACUCUUAUUAAGUCUUUGUUUAGACAAAGAUUUAGGAUUACAGGAGGCGACACGAUAUUACUUGGAGAUUUUAGGUAACACUCUUUUGAGACCAGCUACAGCUAAAUAUUUAGUGAAAUGCGCCAAACAAUUGAUCGACAUUCCGACUCAAACCGUAGACUGUCCGUGGUUAAUAUUAGAAAAAUUUAAGCAUAAAGAUAGAGAUAAUUUGGAAAGUAUUUUUAAAUUCUGGGUGCGCGCAACGCGCGAGGGAGUUCCUAUCGUGAAUUAUUGGGAUCGCAGAAUCAGGAAAUUGUUAAAAACAAGAUAUGAUUAUAGAGAAGGCGUUUUCGAUUGGGACUAUUACAUGGUUUUAAAACCUAGAUGUAUCACUAAUCUUACUUUACAAGAAUAUAGAUUUUGGAGAAACAAUGGAGUAGCCUUUACAUGGUUCGAGGGUGAACCAAUCAGAAGCAAUCCGACUUUGUUAAAUAAUAUAAUUCAAUGUGGACCUGGUUUUAUACAUUACGCUUACUUGGGAGACAUUGUAAACGGUCCCUUUUUUACAUGGGCUACUGUUGAAAAAAACGAAGACAAGCUUAGAGCAACUGAUAUUGCUGAACGUGAAGUAAUGCGAGCUAUUCAUGAAAUAAAAUCGAAAGAACCGCUCUGUGAGGAUCACGUUGGUGCUCACAGAGAUCCUUCAAUUUUAAAUGGUAUUAUAGUGAGUGAAAUGCCAGACAUUGAAAUGGAAAAUGAAUCUUGGAUCGAUACCAGAGACUCUAAACAGGAUAAAAAAAUUUCUUGGAUGGAAAUACCAAAACACAAGAUAAUUUUUCAUCCUGUAACAUCACUGGAGUCUCUCAAAUCAAAAUGUGAAUACGUAAAUAGAUUUCAUCUGAUUUGGGUGGCGCAUAAUAUGACAAAACAAUUAACAAACUUGACACCAUUGGCAUCUACUGGUACACCAGUGAUUGUGGAAUUGCGUAAACAUAUGGCGGAUUUUCGUAAAGAGGAUCUGCAAAAUUUUACCAAAGAAUUAAAAGAAAUCGCGCAGAAGAAUGGACUUCGAUCGCUCUAUGACUUUGAUUCUAAUGAACAUACUCUUGCUCGUUUCUGCAAGGAUUAAGUUAAAUAUAUUGUAUAUCUUAAUAAAGUUAAAUACUAUAAUAUAUCUGUAAAUAUAUAUCACUUAUGCAGUAAUAAACUGAAAUAAAGUUUAUUGAUAGUCAAAAAA